AUGCAGUACAUAGUCUCUGCACCUAUUCUUCCUCACAUGACAACCAACAUCUCUCAGAACUCAAACAUUUUCCUCUCACUAUCUAGCAAAAUUACUUCCCUCAACUCCCAUCAAAAAAACAACACAAAACCUACAUACUCUUCCUUUACUCCACUACACACAAAAAACAAAAACAACAUCACAAGGAAACAACAUGAUGCAAACGCUGUAACAUUUUCUCGGUAUGAUGCACUUGCUGCUGAACCUGAACCUGAACCUGUACCAUAUGGAAACUCACCACUUCCUUUAGCUACAGAGAGGCUUCAAGACGAAUUUAGAAAGCUAUCAAUGCAAAUGGCCACGACAAAAAAGCACGAGGAACUUGUUGGCAAUGAUUUCUCCGAGGCGAUCCAAUUGCUAAAAGAUGAAAAUGAAAAGCUUACAGUGGAAAUCUCAUGCUUAUCUGAGCAAGUAAAACAAAAGGAAGUCUCAAGUUCUGACUUGGAACUUAUGAAGAAAUCACUCGAGGAAUAUGAGACCCUCUUCAAUACUCAAAAGGAAGAGAGAAAUGAGCUUGUGAGUACAAUUGCUCUGUUGAAGAAGGAAGCAGAACAGUCACUUUAUGAGCUAAAUAGGACGGGGCAUCUCAAAGACGAAGAAGAGAAAGCGGGUAAACUCUUGCAUUCAGAGUUGGAUGCUCUUAAAACUCAAUAUAGUGACCUGCAGCGUUCUCUUUUUGAUGAUGAGACUGAGAAAGAAAUACUAAGAAAGCAAAUUUUCCAUCUUAACGGUGAACUGAAAAAGAAGAACGAAAACUCCAUCACGCACACCGGCCGGCCGUCGCGCCGCAUCGGACCCACGACCUCCUCUCGCGAGGACCACCUAUCAACAACAACCACUCCAUCAAACAGCAGCAAACCCCUUCAAUCUUCACCGUCACAACCCACCUGCAUCCGCCUUACUAUCAACUGCCACAAGAUCUAA